AUGAAGGACAUAACAGAUAAAGACUUGGAAUGGAUUCAAAAAGUUUUGCCUUCUGGCCAGGAAGAUAAGCGUCGCGCGGUCAAGAACAUACCGAUGAUGAACAUAUCAGAUAUAAUCAAGGAAGUGAAUCAAGAAAUAGCUGAAUGUUUGUCGUCUGGCCAGAACGAUACGCGUCGCGCGGCCAAGAUGGUAACGAAGAUGGACAUAUCAGUUAAAGACUUGGAAGGGAUUCAAAAAAUGGCUAAAUUGCUCGGAUUGCUUCUGGAAUGCAGUGUCUCUCUUCCUCAAAGGAGUAACUUUGUUUGCAAAGUCAAGAGGUUUAUGGAACUUCUAGAGAUGAAAGGAAAAUGGAAGUUGAAAUUUAGCCGCUAUGGAUACGCUCUGUUAAAUGUGCCAAGCCCGUGGACACUAAUUGGUCGUGAUUUCAUAAAUCCCUUCACAAGGUUUUAUUUAGAGGGAUACCUUCAAACUGUCAUUUCCGCGAACUUAGGCCACAGAGUUUACAACGCUUUGGGUAAUAUAAUCACCGAUAAAGAAAUAAGCCACCCCGACGGCUACCGGAUUUUGUCAAAGUUCUUUGAAAUGUCUGCGAUGUCUGGAGGGGUAUGA